GUGAAAACUAUUUAGUUUAAGUGGUAUAGAAAGGUUCAAAUAUUGUAAUCAAUAAUUAGAGCAAGGCUGUUAUUGGCACGUACACAUUGACACAUACACAUACUCUUCCACGUUACAUGAGUUCAAAGGAAUAAUUUACCCAUACAUACAUAUAUAUGUGAUGUGUGUGUGUGAGUGUGAACAUUCGGAUAUUCGAUUCAGCUUAGCAACGUGAAGCCAGCAGCCUUUGGUCAGUAAAAAAACUCACACUAUAGAGUAAAUCGCGCUUAUUUGCAUUCGUUAUAAGUAUAUCGAUUAUAUACGUAUUUAACGUUGUCGUCGUGCUUAACGUCGUCGUCAUCCGUUGCUGCAAUGUCAUGCGUUCGGUGUUCAGUAUUCGGUCGGAUCGCCUUUCGUUAGACCAACUGGCGACAAUAAUUUUCGAUUUUGAACAAACUAAUCACAAACGAAACAAUAACAAAAAAAAAACAUAAUUGUAUUUAAUGAAACAUUAAUGCGUCAAAUAAGUAUUUGAAUAGAAAAUAAUUGUACAUAUGUAGGUAUACGGUAUAGAACGAAGCAUACAUAGAUGCAUACGUAAAUAUAAAAUUUUACAAACACUAAAAAAAUAUAUAAAAAAAAUAUGUACACACAAACAUCUGUACAUAAUGUAUAAGACGUUUAGAUUACUAAGGAAUACCAUAACAAAAUCACACGGAUAGCCGAUUGCAUGCUUCAUAUAUGUAUGUAUGUUUAACAGAGAACAAACGAAUUUGCAUAGUAGCAAAUAGUUCAGGUUAAGAAAAGUGUAAAUUAAUAUCUUUGAUUUUGGGAAGAAGAGAAAUUUAAAAAGAAACAACACAAAGCGUUAUGAAGUGGCGACAAACUAACGGCACUACGAUUUGAUCAGCUGCUGUAAAAAGACAUACAUAUAUAUGAGUAUGUUUUUAUAAUAACUCAGUUACACAUGAAUGUAUACACAUACAUACAUAUGUGAUUUAAUGACAAGGGUGUCGUUGCUUUUCUUAUGUGUGAUUAUUUUGAUAUUAUGCCGACAUUUCAUAUUAAAUUCAAGUAAUUCGCACUGUAGGAGACUGGUGUAGCCGAAAACAGAUAUAAGCCUAUAACUUACGUCACAUUUCUUUUACAGCUUCGCUACAGCGUACAAUUAUCCCCCCACAUGCGUUGAUGAAGUUACAAACACUGCCGAACCACGCUACCAAAGCAUGAUCUCAACGAACGCAACGAAUUGUAUUGACAAUGAUCAUCAUAUUCAUCACCGCACUCACCACACAGCAACGGCCGGUUCUCAAACUUGUGGUAUUAGCUCGGGAGUUAGCAAUAACCGACGUAACAUGAGCAACACCAAUGUGUGUGGUGUACGCUGUCGUUCUUUAUUGGGCUAUCAACCGCAUUUGCAGCUUAUCAAUGAUGUUAAUAUUAUGGGCAGCAAUAAUUGCGGCGAUACGGGGGCAUCUGGAGGCCGUUAUAGUCCACAUCCGAAUGAGAUGUUCUUGCAGCAUCAUGGUAAACUCUCAAUUCAAUCAAUUAAUGGCUAUGACGAUUCAACGAAUUGUUGUCUGCCGCCACCAUCGCCAGCGCCGAACAGUGAUAGAUACAUAAUAGGCUUAACAUCAUUGCAAGGUUCUCAAAUAUGUGGCACUUCCAGUAAUGGUAACUGUUUGGACAUGCAUACGACAUACGCUAAUUAUGAUGGUGGCGGCAAUGUUGGAGGUCAAGUACAUCAAGCUAACGCACAGCAAAUACAUCAACAUCUACAUACACAUCAUACGGCACAAUCGCUUUCUUCAUCCACAUCAACAUCUCCGCUGGCUGUUUCUGGUAAUUGCGCCACAAAAUACGUAGGCAGCAUGCAACAGUGUUCCAUUUCACCGAAUACUCGAUUUCGCUUAUCAGACCGAUAUGGUGAGGUGCCCUCGCCUAAAUCACUAAUUUUAAAUAGCCCAUCCACCAUUGGCAGCCAAGGCGUCUUCGCUGCGGCCUCGGGCGAAGUCUCAACACAGCCUGCCAGUGCAGCACGAUAUGCCUCUUCCUCACAAUUUUUAACACAAAGCACACCACUGGUGACAAGCGACACAUACACAUACCUUUCGUCAACAGUGCAUACGCCUGUAAAGCGCUAUGUGCCGACCCCACCACCGCCAAACGAACUAUACACUGACAUAUCGAUACAGCCGCCUACAUCGACGCCGCAAACAUAUGUAAACAAAUGCACAAAUAAUAGCAGUGUGAUCAACGGUGGUAUCAGUGGAAAUGGUACAACGCAACAUGUCAACACACUGCCCUUCCGCUUACGCAUGAAAUGCUGCGCCAAUGACUUGGCACAUUCAACAGUGAUGCAGGCAGCUAAUACAAAUACCUCGCAUAUGACGCGUAGUCUUGAGCAUCGGCCACUCACAGUAACCGACUACUAUGUCACAUCUCCGCGUACUCGACCAUCCUAUGGCAAUAGUACUCACACUAGCCAUAAUGCUCAGGGUGGUCAUAAUUCCAUUAACAACAAUUGCUUCAAUGUUGUUAACAACAGUAAUAUCAGUGCUAACGGGAUAGGUAAUUCAAAAUGCGCUACAGCAGCGGCAAAAGAUGCUUCCAUUAUCAUCUUACAGGAUCAACAAAUGCCAACAAAUGAACACUUGACAUCGCUAUCUAAGUUGCAUAACACAUCCAGUUGUAUAACCUCUGCGUCGACGGCUUCUUCAGCGUCAACAGCUGUGGCAGGCGGCUCAAAUCCUUUAUGCGUCAGACCGUCGACUGCUUCACCACUGUCUAUUGGCGCCAACGGUAUGUAUGUAGUCGGCAACAGCCGCUUAAGUACAAACGGUGUCGCUCGUGCUAAUAACUCAAAUGUGAUAAAUGACAGUAACGGCCGCAUUUAUACGACGCCCGUCACUCAAAUGGAUGCUAACUCUGGCGGAAGUGGUGUUGGUAACAACAGUAGUAGCAACAUAAAUUCUGGACUCGGUGCAGCCACCACUUGUUUGCAUUGCAACACAGUACGACGUACAACCGGCGUUCAUCAGACCACUCAGACAACAGGCCCGAUCAGCCCAAUACCCAUACAGCAAGUACUGGAGGGCAAUAAUGCAGGAGUCAGUUGCAAUGGCGUCUUUCUACAGAGUAAGCUGGAACAAACUUCACUUUCACUAUCACCAUCCACCAGCGAGUCGCAUAUUUCCCCACAAUCGCCAUCAGCAAAUGGAGCACCCAAUUCUCGAAUACCUUUUCGAAGUAAAGGGAAUGAUGGCAGUGGCAACAACGGAGUUGAGGAAUUGCUACAACAGCAAGGAGAUCAAAUGUAUGUGACUCCAAAAGCCCUCCAUCAUCCAAUGAAUGUAAUAACAGAGGGCACUUACACAGAGCACGUUGGUAUUGCUGGGAACGGGCAACUGUGCAAGCAGCAACAGCAUCAACCGUCUUUGAAUGGCAAUCGGCAACUACUGCAACAUUCGCCUAUGCAGAUGCAUCAUCAACCACAACAGCCCUCACCAAUACAACAGCUGCCUGUACCACAACAACAGCAGCAAAUUCAACGCUUUUCUCGGAAGAAACGUUUGAGUCAAUACAUACGCAAUGAAAUAGCCCGUUUCUUUGGUGUAGACGCCAGUACGGAAGCUGAAGAGUUUGCUGUUUGGCAAGGCCGUCAAAGACGUUUAGCCCUCCGAAGAUUUGGUGCGUUGAAAAGUGAAAAUGAGUUACAUGCUGAAAUGAACAACAGAAAUACCAGUGAGAUCAAUAAUCGCGUAAAUUGCUAUAAUGGAGCCGGUGGUGGAACUAAUCAACAAUACCAUCAACAUCAUUACCACCCUUCGGAAAGGCCUGAUAUAUUACCCGCUCAUGAUACGGAAGGUGACGACCUGGCAAUCGAAUAUUCAUCGCGACGACGUCAUUUUUUAUAUGCCGACUUCCAGUUAGGAGAUCAUGUUGAGCGGAAAGCCUCUGUCGGUACAAUGAUUAUUUCUAGCCUAACUUACAUCGUACACACUCUGAAUAAACGACAUCAACGCAACUACCGACAAUGGUCACGAAGCUUUGCGCAAGCUCAUAUAAAUCAAAUCAAUAGUAUCGAUAGCUCGGGUGAUAUUUUUGAAGGCUUAUCAGCGCUACACGAAGACGAACUAUUUUUCGACUCUUCAGGUACUGAGCAAACUCUAAACAAUGGCAAUGUAAUUGGUUCGAAUAGCAGUAAUGGCGCAACUAGUGACUCGUUGCAGCAAUCGAACACUGUGAGACCUGGUGAUGGCAGUGCCAUGAUCACCAACAACAAUGGUUUGAAGAUACUUGAACAUCAUCGACAAAUAUACUUGGGUGAACGUAUGCACGGAUGGCGUACUUCGGCGGUAAUGGGUAGCAGUGGGAAACAUGCCACUUCCAACACCAUCACUUCCAAAAACGGUGAACAAAUAACUGCGCCCAUGUUGCUGCAGCAAGCCGCAACCAGCAACAGCAACAGUGGUCAACAAUCAAGUAAUGUGUGCAGCACUAGCGCCUCCCACCAGUCCAAGAAGCCAACGAUCGGUAGUCAUAAUGCCGCACCCUUAUUGCCAAACGUACAUUCAACAAAAGGAACACGCGCUAAUCGCAUAUCGGCACAACUUCUAGACGGCGUACUCGAGAAUUCGCGUCGCUCGAUUCAGCGCAAAGUUAAAUUGUUUACUGUUAAUGAUUUAGACGACCGUGCCGAUCAUCGGCCAUUUUUUACAUAUUGGAUCAACACAGUACAGACAUUAGUUCUCUUAUUGUCGCUUAUUUGCUACGGUAUUGGGCCUAUAGGAAUUGGAGUGGAACAAAAAACGGGACAGGUAUUGGUUACAAGCCUUAGUUUACAAACAGUGCAGCACACCGAGCAACGCAAUUUAUGGAUAGGGCCGCGAAAUAACGACUUGGUACAUAUGGGUGCCAAGUUCGCGACUUGUAUGCGUAGCGAUGUACGUAUCAUGGAUGUGCUACUGAAGACGAGGCGGCAAGAGCGUGAAACAGCUUGUUGUAUACGAAACGACGAUUCAGGAUGCGUACAAAGCUCUCAAGCGGACUGCUCUGUGCGUGGACUAUUCCCAACCAAGUCUAUAUCAACCUGGAAGAAAUGGUCGCCUGGUGAAUCUGGACCAGGUGGUCGUAUUUCGGGUUCCGUUUGUGGAUUGGAUCCUAAAUACUGCGAUGCACCCGCAUCCAUAGCACCCUAUGAAUGGCCAGAUGAUAUAACAAAAUGGCCAAUUUGCCGGAAAACAAAUUCAUUUUCACAACGUUUUCGCUACAAAGAUCACACCGCCGAACACAUGGUAUGUGAGGUCAUAGGUCAUCCGUGUUGCACUGGAGUUUAUGGAGAAUGUAGAAUAACCACUCGCGAGUACUGCGAUUUCGUCAAUGGCUACUUUCACGAAGAAGCAUCGUUAUGUUCACAGAUUUCCUGCUUAAACAACGUCUGUGGCAUGCUACCAUUCAUAUCUGGUGAGGUGCCUGAUCAAUUUUACCGGUUAUUCACAUCACUUUGCUUACAUGCUGGGAUUCUUCAUUUGGCCAUUACUAUCGCCUUUCAACACGUAUUUCUAGCCGACCUGGAGCGUUUAAUAGGCCCUAUCCGCACCGCUAUUGUUUAUAUUGGCUCAGGACUGGCUGGCAAUUUGACAAGCGCCGUAUUAGUACCAUACAAACCAGAAGUUGGACCAUUGGCAUCAUUGUCUGGUGUAAUUGCAUCCCUGAUUGUGUUGCUAAUACUUAUCCACUGGAAGCAGCUACGUAAACCGCACGUUGCUCUAUUCAAACUUAUGUGUAUAACAGCACUAAUUUUUGGUGUUGGAACACUACCUUGGCAGUUGAACUUUGCAGGCCUGUUGGCGGGCAUAUUUUGUGGAAUAUUCUUAACCAUUGCGCUGGUACCGUUUGUCAGCGUUAGCAAAUAUGGACGAAAAGCAAAGAUAAAUCUUAUAUGGUCCUGCGUCAUCUUCCACCUGUUUAUAUAUUCAGUAUUGUUGGGUAUUUUCUACGUAUUUCCAACCGAGUUAACUUCAUUAAAUGUAGGUGAAGUUUUAAAAACAAAUUUCAACUCUAAUUCAGGCGGUGGCAGUAACGUUGCUGACAGCGUAAGUGUUGGGGUUGGAGGAAUCGGCCGAAGUGGUGAUAUGCCUGCUGGUAUCAGUAAUGGCAGAGGGUAUAAUGGCAAAAACAAAUGGUACCAAUCGAUGCAGCAGCAGCAGUAUUACUACCACCAUCGUUCCAGUGAUAUAAUUACAAGUGGAGUGCAUUUACGGAAGGAACCAUUACAAGUGCAGCAAAAUGAAAUGAGUCCUGUUGCAUCAUUUUAUCAUUAUGGUUACCAUUUGAAUCGCAGCAAUAAUCAAAUGAGUAACAAAUUCAAAUAUAAUCCUUAUAAUAACGGUAAUAGUAAAAACACCAGUUUCACAAAUUAUUAUUUUGCGAAUAACAUCAAAAGUUAUUUGAACAGCAGUAACAAGUCGCACCAUAUAACUGACGACAGUGAAAUGUUGUCAUAUAAUGCGAGGCCUGUCAGCAAAACCAUAGAAGUUGAAGAGGGAUUGAGAAAUGAUAGUAAUAGCAACACCAACAUAAUCGCGUAUAACAUUAAUAAAAAUCAAAGAACUGGUAAAGAAAAUAUCGAUGAUGGAAGCAAUAACAUUGACAUUGACGUUGUUGUCAGUGACAUGACAGUUGGUAAGCUGCAGUCGUUGCAAACAAUCAACGCUGUACAAAACCAGACGCCGAAUUACAGUAGUGCGCGACAUUCAUUUGGGAAACAAACUAACAACUUGAGAUAUGUUGGAGCCAGUGACAAUACUAACUGCAGCAGUAGUAGCAGUCCCAUCUUCGAAAAUCAGCAGCUACAGCUACAACAACUAAAGCUAAUCUUACAUUCAGGACGAAAAAAUCCACGCUCUAACAAUGAUCUUCCAAAAUUAGCUAUCAAUGUAAAUUCGUUGCACGACAGCGUUGACCUGGACGACAUCGACGUAGACAGCGAACUAAUGUAUAUAGUCGAAGCAGAUACAGACAACAAAGACGCACGUAGAAGACCGCACAUAAAUGCAGGUGAGAAAAGUCAGUUCACCGUCUAUUUAAAUCAUACCAGCGGUUCUACGUCUACCAAUGAUAAAAAUAUAAAUAAGGCUUCAACCAAUCCAAAUGUCGCAAGAGUUGCCAAAUCCAAUGUUCGUUUAGGCACAAAGCCAUUCCACAAUUUUAUAGCUAGUCAACAACAACGACUACUAUUAGUAUCAAAUUUUGCACCUCCAGUUAAUAGAUUGUAUAAAAAAGUCGCAGCAUUAGCAGAUACAGUUAAUAUGCCAGUUUCGGCUACCAGAGAUCCGGCAGCAACAGCUACUGGACCAAGAAGCACCACAUUGUCAUCAGCGGUUAAAGUGAAAACAAAACCCGAAUUAAUGAGCACAGCUAGUGUAGCUGUACCACCACAACAAAACCUACAAAUAGCAACAGCAGCAACAAAACACCAUUAACACCAACAAAACAGCAAUGUACGUCAACGGGGGGAUUAUUUUCCUACUAACGCUGUUUAUAUGAAGUACAUCGUCGCGUCGUUCCUUUAAGUGAAAUUUUAUUCAUCAUAGCCGGCGUGAUAUUGUUUAACGUAUAAAAUUGCCGGAUUUUUUCACCAACCAUACAUAUGAGCCAUACGAAACAUCGGAUUAAAGAAGUUUCUAAAAUCAAACAUAACGGAAACCAAAGAAAUAUUCAUCAAUUCAGGAUGAUCAUCUAAAUUAGUCAAACUCCAGACUCAGGAAUUACAUUUGAUUAAAAAGGACGAAAUAUUCAGAUUGUACAUCAAACUUAUGUAUAAAAUUCGAGGUUCUUUGAUGAUUGUUGUUAAAAAAUCAUACUUAAAA